CUUCAUAUAAUUCUUAUUUUUGUGUAUGAUUAUAAUGAUUUAAUCUUAUUUAAGUAAAUUUCAUCCAAAAAGAAAAAAAGUAGUAGUAGCUAGAUGCAAUUAGUGAAGUAUAUUUGGAUGGAUCAUGUUAGACAUAUUUUUGAUGUGAACUGUGGGAAGAAAGAAAUCGAUGGAGAGAAUAACGGGCAUAGCAUCAUUGCAAUAAAUUACGAUUAAAACAAGUGUCAAGCACAGUACCAAAGAGCGCAUCUAGUGUAGUGGUAUCAUAGUACCCUCCCACGGUACUGACCGGGGUUCGAUUCCCCGGAUGCGCAUUUGUUUUUUUGACUUUGGGUGGAAAAGGACAUAUGGUAAUCCUUGUUCCAAAUGGAAAAAUUAUCUAAACUAAUAUCACUUUUUAACGUUUUUCCAAAAAAUUAAUACAGAGUAUCACUUUUUAUUAUCACGAAAAAUAAUCUAAUAGAAAUCACCAUAAAUAGCACUAAAACAUAGAGAAAAGUAUCAAAAUAGUAACUUCAUGUUUUUUUCCCGAAUUAGGACUUUGCACUGUGGUAAUGUGGUAGUGUACAUGUGCACAUUACUAUAUUUUUUUUGUAAUAUAUAUGACCAUGUUUGGUAAUGUAAGUUCUAUUUCUAGAAUAAAAACAUGGAAGUCCUAUUUUUGUAUAUUUUCAAUGUUUUAGUCCUACUUUGGUCUUUCUUCCAUAAUCUAAUCUUUUCGCCGAUUUUUGCAUGCGUUUGAGUUUUGAGUCAGCAUUAGAAAGCUAACGAUUACUGAACAUAUUAUUUACUCCGUAGAAAAUACUACGGGGACUUGUUUUUUCAAACAAAUGAAAUGUUGUUAUGAAAUUAAUGAUUGUUCAUUUACUCAAUUAAUCAGGACUAAUUUCUAGAAUAGUAGAUUAAGACAUUGAUGAGUAUCAAUUAUGUACAGUACUUCCCACCUGUAUUUGUAUCCAUACCAAGGCUCUCCACUAUAAAUAGAGGCCUAAUCCCUGCAUUGUAAUGACAAUUAAGAACAAUAAGAAGAGUGAAGAAUCAAUAGAGAAGAAAUCAGAAAUAUAUUAUAUCUAUUCUCAUAAUCUCUGAGUAGUUUUUCUCUCAUUUUAUAACACGUUAGCAGCACGAGUUUGCUCAAAAUCCCAGAAACUUUGUUCUUCUCAGAAGGUAUAUUUAUUUUAUUUUCUUCAUAAACAAACUAAAAUAUUUUCUUAAAAACUAUGAGAAGUAUGCUCUGUGAUUGCCUAAAGUUGGGAUCCUUCACAUCAGAAACUUAUAGUUAUAAAAUAAAAUUAGAUAAAUUAAAAAGGAAUAAGUUUCCUCAUAAUUGCAGAAAAUCACAUUUUUUUUAAAAAAGGGUAGAAUUUAAUAUGGAGUACUUAAGAUUGAAAAAUAAAAUAAAUUUUAUCUUUUUAACUAUUCUUGAAAGAUAAGAUGUAAAAAAAACUAUGAAAAUCAAGAUAUGAUGAACUUACCUUCAUGCUACUCUUGAAUUUUUGAUAGAAAUAUAUAAUCUCACUUUUAUAAUUUUUCUUUCAUCCUUUGCUCUGUAAGCAUGUAUUAUUUUUCUGGUUUGGAAAAUAAAGAUGAUAUAGGAUAAAUCCUAAUGAAUAGUAUUCAGUAUAUGUAAGAGGAGAGAGUAUAUAAAUUGGAUGGUGUAUUGUUUAAUUGUAUAAAAAAAUUAAAGGCAAAUAAUAUAAGGAUAAUAUCAAGUACAUAUAAUUGAGACUACCCAGCAACUCCAUGUUUAAUAAAGAAUCUUUUUCGUCCUAUUAUGAAUCCCUACAAAUUUUGGCCAUCCUGAUAGUGGUUCAGCACCAGAAUCAAAUGUUAUCCAAGGUGGUGCUCGCGGACACUUUAAACGUGGACGCGGAAAUAACCGCAACAAAGGGCUGAACAGGGGCUAUAAAAAUCCAAAUGGAUCAUCCUCCAAAGGAAAAGGAAAAUUCAAACCACCACAGGCUAAAACUUAUGAAAAGCCAAAACCAAGUGGUGAAUGCUACAAAUGUGGCAUAAAAGGACACUGGGCGAAUGAAUGUCGAACGACAAAACAUUUGGUUAAAUUAUACCAGGCUUCCACAAAAGGAAAAAGGGAAAAAUGUGGAAGCUAAUUAUGCUGAUGAUAUCAAUCCAAUUUUGCCUAAAUUUGACGUGUCCGAUUUCUACAUGGAUGAUGCUGAAAUUGGUGAUGAAGUGACUUUUGGUGGAACUACUACUAUUUAAACAUUUUCAUUUACUCUGUUAUGAAUCAUGCCACCCAGCGAUGGGAAGAUCUUCCCAUCGAUGGGUAAGAAGUCCCUCAACGAAACUGAUUUCCAGAACCAUGCCAAACAGCGAUGGAAAGUUCUACCCAUCGCUGUUAAAGCCUUGGUGCAACAUUACCACAAGGCAGAAUGCCCUUACCCAGGGAUGAGAAGCUUUACCCAUCGAUGGGAACCCAGCGAUGGGAAGGCUUAACCAUUGAUGGUUAGGCAUGACCGUUGCGAGUCAUUUAAGGCUGAUUCUUUUUCUUAUUUGAAAGUCAACCUCCCACCCAGCGAUGGGAAGCAUCUACCCAUCGAUGGGUAGGUAACCGUUGGCUUCAAAACUGAAGAAAUUUGCUAGAGACAUCAUGAUUUAAGAUGAUCACACAAGGAGAAGAAAGGACAAAAUACAUAUGGAGGGAGGAAAUUUGCUAGAGACAUCAUGAUUUAAGAUGAUCACACAAAGACUUCACUUGAUGCAACUCAAAACCACAGUGAAUGGCAUGGUUUUCAGAUUAACAAUGCUCUUGUCAGAAGCUUAGCCCAAUAAAUGGUGAAAAUAAUGGGUGAUAAGAACAACCAUAGAUCAAACUCCACUCUAUUUGGUACAUAUGCUCACUUUGCAGGACUAUUUGACUAAGCAAAUCAUGGUUGUUGGCUCAAGAAAGUCUAGCUUGUACAGGUUGAAGGUGAAGCAUAAAGCUUCUGAAGAACAAAGUCCACCUACAUUGACAACUAAAUCUUGUAAAUUUGA